UGGCCAGACUGUGAAUAGGGAUGAGGUGAGCCACAAGAUGAACCUCAUCAGCCAACUGCGCACACAUAUAUAAAUAAAAAUUCAAAAUCCCCCAGGAUUCCUUCUUACCCUUAACCCCCAAAAUUUCUGGUAAAUAAUACCCCGAAAAAUCAGUUUUAGUGAAUCCAAAACCCCAACUUAAGGAUUGAUAAAAUCAAAUUAACCUAGGCGCUACUCAGCAAAUCGUUGACGGGGAUCCUGGGGGAUUUAAACAAGUAUCCAAAAUAGGAGGGUGUUUGUCAAGCGGAGGCCAGCCGGCGGCGCAGCGGGCCUCGUCGCAGUCGGUGGCCCGGAGGCUCCCGCUGCCGGAGAAUAUCGACGCCGGCGCCGAUAACGCCAGGAUGAAGGCUUUGUUCAAGUCGAAGCCCAAGACUCCGGCCGAUUUGGUGCGGCAGACGCGCGAUCUACUCAUCUUCGUCGAUCGCGGCGGCCCCGACACUAAGGAGAGCAAGCGCGACGAGAAGAUGGCGGAGUUGAGCAAACUUAUCAGAGACCUAAAACAAGUUCUAUAUGGGGACAGUGAAUCUGAGCCUGUUGCGGAAGCCUGUGCACAGUUGACACAAGAGUUUUUCAGAGAGAACACUCUUCGGCUGCUAAUUGUAUGUCUUCCCAAGUUGAACUUAGAGACCCGCAAAGAUGCUACACAGGUUGUUGCAAAUCUGCAGAGGCAACAGGUUCAGUCGAGGUUGAUUGCCUGUGAUUACUUGGAAAAGAACAUAGAUCUCAUGGAUAUCUUGGUAGCAGGUUACGAGAAUACUGAUCUUGCAUUACACUAUGGUGCAAUGUUAAGGGAAUGCAUACGCCACCAAAGUGUUGCGAGGUACGUUUUGGAAUCAGAGCAUAUGAAGAAAUUUUUUGAUUAUAUACAACUCCCGAAUUUUGACAUUGCUUCAGAUGCUGCUGCCACUUUCAAGGAACUAUUAACUAGGCAUAAGUCAACUGUAGCUGAAUUUCUUUCCAAAAAUUAUGACUGGUUCUUUGCAGAGUAUAACUCGAAGUUGCUUGAAUCUACUAACUACAUCACCAGAAGGCAAGCUGUCAAGCUGUUGGGAGAUAUCUUGCUGGAUCGUUCAAAUUCAGCUGUAAUGACUCGAUAUGUUUGCUCAAGGGACAACUUGAGGAUCCUCAUGAAUCUUCUCAGAGAGUCGAGCAAGAGUAUUCAGAUCGAAGCAUUUCAUGUUUUUAAGUUAUUUGCUGCUAAUCAGCACAAGCCCCCGGACAUUGUUGGUAUCCUUGUGACGAAUAGAAGCAAGCUUCUACGCCUCUUUGCUGAUUUUAAGACUGACAAAGAGGAUGAACAGUUUGAGGCAGAUAAAGCUCAAGUCGUCAAAGAAAUUGCCGCACUUGAGCCCAAAGAACGGCCAUGAGUUCAGCUCUAAUUUAGUUCAUCUGCUGUCAUGGCAGUGUUGUAUGAGUAAAUACUAGUUUGUGCUUCCCUUUUUCUCAUAUAUAUUUGUUAAUUAGUACAUCUUUAGCCCGAUAUUGUGAACACGAAUGGGGAAAGUGCUGGCCUCAAUUUCAUUUUCAUCUCCUAUUUAUCCCAUAUUCUGCUGAUGCUGUUAUGGAAUGUCUGAUAUUAUUUUCUGAAAAGGGGGUCUUCUAAAAUUUGUUGAGGAA